AUGGCUUUUCUAAUGAAAAGUAUGUUGAGCAACCAGGUAAAGAAUUUGGGACUUGGAGGCGGAGGGGAAGAAACCAAAGAAGAAAACACUCCUUCUGACCCAGCAGCAGCUGCAGGAAUGACCAGAGAGGAGUAUGAGGAAUAUCAAAAGCAAAUGGUUGAGGAGAAGAUGGAAAGAGAUGCUGCAUUUGUACAGAAAAAAGCAGAGCGAGCCUGUCUGAGGGUUCAUCUGAGAGAAAAGUACAGACUCCCCAAGAGUGAAUUGGAUGAGAAUCAAAUACAGAUGGCUGGAGAUGAUGUGGGUUUGCCAGAAGACCUGGCGAAGAUGGUAGAAGAAGAUCAGGAGGAGGAAGAGGACAAGGACUCUAUCCUGGGACAGCUGCAAAACCUCCAGAAUAUGGACAUGGAUACGAUCAAAGAAAAGGCACAAGCCACCUUCACUGAAAUGAAACAGGCUGCUGAGCAGAAAUGUUCUGUGAUGUAG